UGCAGAGGAAAACCCAAGAGCUACAACUUAAGCACCAAGGGGUGCUUCCGGACCCUUUGAAAAGCGCGGAUGGCAGGCAGAGUAUUUGCAAGUCUCACCUUGUUCUCUUGGUCUACCGGCUAUUGGAGACAGUGCUGGCCUGAGGGAGUCGCCCAUGCCUGGCUCUUCUCUUCUCUCUUUGUUUAGUCCUGAUUCUUAAGGCACAGGAGUACUCGCGUAAACUUAUCACACCCAGAAGUGCUCGCGGACCUGGGGGAAAAGACCUUUGUGACCCAUACUGGAGGCUUACAUUUGGCCUAUCCCAUGGAAAUUGAUAAAGCAUUCUGUGUUACUUGCCGCUAUCCAAAACAAACACUGAGUUUAACAUCUUUCUCUGGGCACUUUUCGUAGUUGUAUUUGGCCCAACUUCUUUUGAAAGGCUCCCUUCUUUACCUCAUUUUGAUAAAUAAAAUAGGCCUUUCUUGCUUAAUUCAUUAACAGUCCCUUAAUUAGUUAAAACAGCAUCAUAGGAAGAUUGGAUGUAAUUAGGUCCUGUGAGAUGUUCUUGGUACUCCUUAAGUUUCAGGAUCUCCCUAGGCCUGAGGAUUCUAUGUAUGACAUCAAAGCUUUGAACUGGGUCAUCUUUCAGCCGUAUUCCUUUUAAAGAUGUCUGAUUUUGUGAAUUCUUUGACCCACCGCCUAUCUUUGCCCACUGUCUUCUUACACCCAUUCUCCAUCUCUCCAAAGAAAGGGCACUGAAAGUAGUAGGAGCAGCGUGGUUUGCCAGAACUGGUAAUCUCUGUACUAUCUUUUCCCUAGACAAAACUCCCUCUGAACUACUUUUUUUUCCUUGUAUAGCAGCAGAAACCAAGCAGCAAGAGCCAUUGGAGAGAUGCUAAGUUUUUCUUAAAACUUAAGUCAACAGUGACGAAGACUUUGAAAAAGUUGGUACUUCUGACCCGUGCUGCUGUCGUCCUACCAUUCACCCCAGGACAACCCAGACUGCACAUUAGUGCUUCCCUCUUUAUUCCUGUGAUCUUCCAGAUCAGCGCUUGACUGUUUAUUUUCAAGUCUCACAAACUCAGCCCUCAGAUCUUCGUAUUCUGGUUAUGAGCUGCUCUUGAGGACAGUGACUUGUUACCACCACCACAGCAGAGCCUACCAUCUCCGGCAGAUCUUCAUUUGCUCCUGACAUCGCCCCACCUUGUCUCCCUCUGUGGCCUCCUAAAUGCCUAUCUCAUUGGCCUGGGUUCACCUGGUGGUAUGGAGGGGUGCUGCCUAGCACUGCUCUGGGAGUGUGUGUGACCUACUGACCCAAUGGACAUCAAAGGCCAGUUCUGGAAUGAUGAUGAUUCAGAAGGAGAUAAUGAAUCAGAGGAGUUUCUAUAUGGAGUUCAGGGGAGCUGUGCAGCUGACCUGUAUCGACACCCACAGCUUGAUGCAGACAUUGAAGCUGUAAAGGAGAUCUACAGUGAGAACUCUGUAUCCAUCAGAGAAUAUGGAACUAUCGAUGACGUGGACAUUGACCUCCACAUCAACAUCAGCUUCCUCGAUGAGGAAGUAUCUACAGCCUGGAAAGUCCUCCGGACAGAACCUAUUGUGUUGAGGCUGCGAUUUUCUCUCUCCCAGUACCUUGAUGGACCAGAACCAUCAAUUGAGGUUUUCCAGCCAUCGAAUAAGGAAGGGUUUGGGCUGGGUCUUCAGUUGAAAAAGAUCCUGGGUAUGUUCACAUCCCAACAAUGGAAACACCUAAGCAACGAUUUCUUGAAGACCCAGCAAGAGAAGCGGCACAGCUGGUUCAAGGCAAGUGGUACCAUCAAGAAGUUUCGAGCUGGCCUCAGCAUCUUCUCACCCAUCCCCAAAUCUCCUAGUUUCCCUAUCAUUCAGGACUCCAUGCUGAAGGGCAAACUGGGUGUACCAGAGCUUCGAGUCGGACGCCUUAUGAACCGUUCCAUCUCAUGCACCGUGAAGAACCCUAAAGUAGAGGUGUUUGGCUACCCUCCCAGCCCCCAGGCAGGUCUCCUGUGCCCCCAGCACGCAGGCCUCCCUACCCCAGCACGGACCUCUCCUUUGGUUAGUGGUCACUGCAAGAACAUCCCCACUCUGGAGUAUGGAUUCCUUGUCCAGAUCAUGAAGUAUGCGGAGCAGAGGAUCCCAACGCUGAAUGAGUACUGUGUGGUGUGUGAUGAGCAGCAUGUCUUCCAGAACGGGUCCAUGCUCAAGCCAGCUGUCUGUACUCGGGAACUGUGUGUCUUCUCCUUCUAUACCCUGGGGGUCAUGUCUGGAGCUGCAGAGGACGUGGCUACUGGAGCAGAGGUGGUGGACCUGCUGGUGGCCAUGUGCAGGGCAGCUCUGGAGUCCCCAAGAAAGAGUAUCAUCUUUGAGCCUUACCCCUCCGUGGUGGACCCCACUGAUCCCAAGACUCUGGCCUUUAACCCUAAGAAGAAGAAUUAUGAGCGGCUUCAAAAAGCUCUGGAUAGUGUGAUGUCCAUCAGGGAGAUGACCCAGGGCUCCUACUUGGAAAUCAAGAAGCAGAUGGACAAACUGGACCCCCUGGCCCAUCCUCUUCUGCAGUGGAUCAUCUCCAGCAACAGGUCACACAUUGUCAAACUACCUCUCAGCAGGCAGCUGAAGUUCAUGCACACCUCACACCAGUUCCUCCUGCUGAGCAGCCCUCCAGCCAAGGAGGCUCGGUUCCGGACUGCCAAGAAGCUCUACGGCAGCACUUUCGCCUUCCAUGGGUCCCACAUUGAGAACUGGCAUUCAAUCCUGCGCAAUGGGCUGGUCAAUGCAUCCUACACCAAACUGCAGCUGCAUGGAGCAGCCUAUGGCAAAGGCAUCUACCUGAGCCCCAUCUCCAGUAUUUCCUUUGGAUACUCAGGAAUGGGAAAAGGACAGCACAGGAUGCCCUCCAAGGAUGAGCUGGUCCAAAGAUACAACAGGAUGAACACCAUCCCCCAGACCCGAUCCAUUCAGUCCAGGUUCCUACAGAGCCGGAAUCUCAACUGUAUAGCACUUUGUGAAGUGAUCACAUCCAAGGACCUCCAAAAGCAUGGGAACAUCUGGGUGUGCCCUGUAUCCGACCACGUCUGCACACGGUUCUUCUUUGUAUAUGAGGAUGGUCAGGUGGGCGAUGCCAACAUUAAUACUCAGGACCCCAAGAUACAGAAGGAAAUCAUGCGUGUGAUCGGAACUCAGGUUUACACAAACUGAGGGGGCUCCAGCCCUCGAACCAUGCUGUUCCCCAGGAUCCAUCUGCCCUUAUCAAAGGGCUCAGGAGCAACAGGUGAGACUGCCCUACAGCAAUCAGGGGCUGCUACCCAGGAGCACGACGAGGAUAGAAGAGGUGGCCAUCAUGGUGGAGACUGACCCAGGAACCACUCCACAGUGGAUGGCCAGACUGACUCCAACCCCCGAUCUGCCCAGUUGACUUCACUCUGUUUGUAAAUAAAACAAUAAACUGGAAGGUGCUGUGGACUGGAAAUGAUCACU